AGUCUCCUGUUCCUGCGCCGUGCUAAAAUGUCCCGUUUUAAAGCGGAUUUAUUUGGCUGCAACAGGCGACAUGAGUGGCUGUCCUCGACGCUAUGAAGCACUGAAGACCAAGCACCAGAUCGCCACGCAGGAAGAGGAACAUGAUUGACAGCCAGGCGAGCUGAGGAGACCUGUCACUCACAUUCCUAUCAGCGUGUCAGAGGGCUAUCUCCUUCUCGCCUUCCCCCCUCUUCCUCCUACUCACCUCCACCAUCCUCCUCCCUAAAUCCUCUCCCCUUAUCUUCUCAAUGGGCUGGUAACCUCUCCAUCCCUCAUAGUUAUCCACCACUCCAGAAACCUGAAAAGAGACAGAAGUAGUAACGAAAACCAACGAGACACUUCUAAACCAACCCUCGCUCCACCUGAGGGGAGUUUGGCAUGCCUCCUCACUCCAGUUGAGUGAGUUGUAGUAAGUGGAAAUAGAAGAGGGAUCCCUUGUUAGCACACCUUCAAAAGGAGAUACAGCUCCUUGAGAAGGAGCCGAGAGAGAGUCAUGCGUUUCCAUUUUGUGUUGACGCUGUGGACCGGCGUUUGCCAGGCGGCCAUGCAGCACUACCCUGCAGCAUGGGGCCACUAUGAUGUAUGUAAGUCCCAGAUUUACUCAGACGAAGGCUUAACCUGGGACUACAUGGCCUGCCAGCCAGAGGCAGCAGACAUGACCCAGUUCCUAAAGGUUACUCUGGAUCCCCCCAACAUCACCUGUGGAGACCCUCCGGAGACAUACUGUGCCCUGGAGAACCCCUACAUGUGUAACAAUGAAUGUGACGCCAGCACAGAGGAACUCGCACACCCUCCGAAGCUCAUGUUUGACAUUGAGGGCCGUAACCCCACAACCUUCUGGCAGUCCACAUCUUGGAAGAAGUACCCAAAGGCCCUACUGGUCAACAUCACGCUAUCUUGGAACAAGACCAUCGAGCUGACCGAUGACAUCGUCCUCACCUUUGAGUCCGGCCGGCCCGAGCAAAUGGUCCUAGAAAAGUCCCUGGAUUAUGGACGAAGCUGGCAGCCCUACCAGUUCUAUGCCACUGACUGCCUGGACGCCUUCACCAUGGAGCCCAAGACGGUGCAGGACCUGACUCAGCAUACCCUGCUGGACAUCAUCUGCACUGAGGACUACUCACGAGGUUAUGUGUGGAAGUAUGACAAAACCGUGCGCUUUGAGAUCAAGGAUCGCUUUGCUCUCUUUGCUGGGCCCCGACUCCACAACAUGGCUUCGCUUUAUGGCCAACUGGACACUACCAAGAACCUGCGGGACUUCUUUACCAUCACAGACCUGAGAAUCCGCCUGCUCCGGCCUGCGACCGGAGCUACCAUGGUGGACGAGGACAACCUGUCCAGAUACUUCUAUGCCAUUUCUGACAUCAAAGUCCAGGGCAGGUGCAAGUGCAACCUUCACGCCAACAGCUGUGUGUUUGACAAAGAGAAGUUGGGCUGUGAGUGUGAACACAACACCACUGGGCCUGACUGUGGCCGCUGUAAGAAGAAUUACCAGGGACGAGCCUGGAGUGCUGGUUCCUACCUGCCCAUCCCCAAGGGCACAGCUAAUACCUGUAUUGUUAAUAACAUUGGUCCAGUUAUUCGGCCGAAUGUGUCAUCCCUAGGUGUCGCUAACCGAAAAGAAGUAGCUCCUCAGGUUGCAUUAUCCACUGCCCCUUCUGUCCACGUUGCAAACAGCAAGCGAGACUGCGAGUGCUUCAGCCACUCCCACCGAUGCAGCUACAUCGAGCUGCUAAACACCGUCAUUUGCGUGAGCUGUAAGCACAACACUAGGGGCCAGCACUGCCAGCUAUGCAAGCUGGGCUACUACCGCAAUACCUCGGCAGAACUGGACGAUGAAAAUGUGUGCAUAGAGUGUAAUUGUAACCCCUUUGGCUCAGUCAGUGAUCGCUGUAAUGGCACAGGAUUUUGUAUAUGUAAGGAGGGCACUACAGGGCCUAAGUGUCAGCAGUGUCUACCUGGAUAUUUGUGGGACGAUGGCUGCAAAUCCCGGGUGUGUGACAACGAGCUCCUGCGCUGCCAAAAUGGCGGAGUGUGUGUCAACAACGUCCGCUGCAGCUGUCCCUCAGACUACUCAGGCCUGCUGUGUGAGAAGUCCCGCUGUGAGACGGAGCUGGGGGGCUGUGGGGGCCCCAACUCGGGCCAGCCCCCCCUGACUCCUUCAUCAUCCUCUAGGCUGCUGCUGCUGCUGCUGGGCUCGGCGCUGCUGAGAGAGGCCUCCUGCUGGCCCGCCGUACUCUGAAGAGACCCAUGACCUGGUGGGAGUGAUGAACUCCGCACCGCCUCCACUCUAACCCUCCCACCCCCCCUUUCAAAUAAUCAACAACCAUUAAAGAAGAACAGCCCUGAGCUUUCAGGACUGUACUGUACUGAGCUUCUCCGCCGCCAGACUCAAUGGACACUCGCGCUGACAAUAAAGAGAAUGUGCCAGACACAUGAGUGCAAAAACUUUACUUUUAAUUUCAAAGAAUAUAUAGAAAUGAAAAAAACAUAUACUUCUAAAAAUGCCAGAUAUUAUUUAAAAAAAAGGUUUGCCUAAUAAGAGUAAAAUGUUCAAAGAACAAUGAGACCCCCUCCCCUUCUAAGCCAUACCAGGUACUCCAGGUCUUUGAGAGGGGAUAACUGAUGAUGACAGACUCGUUCACUUCCUCUCUUAUUGCCACGGCAACAACAGCUGCGACCAAUCAGCUUGCGAAACGAGCCGGCGGUGGUCGUCGAUCCCCCCGGGACGCUUCUGCGAGUUAAUGUUGGCUGGACUGCUGCCGCCCAAGAAAUCUCAAAGAGACUGUCCCCGCUGUACGGCUGCAGACUGGCCUCUGAAACAUAAACGUUAUACUUCAACACAAUGACAAACAAAAAGAGGAGAAAACACAGGAAACAUUCUUUGCUGUCAGUGCAUUGUGGAUAGAAGGAAAUCUGUCCGGACUGCCACUUUGUGACACAAAACCCUCGCCCACGUCCAUCCCGCUCCAGCUUUCUGUCUCUUCUCCGAGCUCUUUCUCACCCCCCCCCCCCUCCCCCCGCCAUGCUGCCACAAACCUGUGCUUUCGUGAACGUUACUCUGUAAACCCUUGUUGGUUGAAAGAUUCUUUUGUCCGAUGUUAGUGAUGCACAUGUGUAAGAAGCCCCUCCCCCUCCCCCUCCUUUCCUCUCUUGCAAAAAAGAUACUCCAACUAAGCCGUCUGAUUCUUUUUCUAUCUUAGAGCCACCACGCUCCCCACGAUCAUGGUCCGAGGAUAGUUUUCACCCGAGCAGACGAGAGUUG